CGGUCCCCGCCCCUCCGGGAUGGCAGUGCGGAAGCGGAAGAGGCUGCAGGGCUGGGAAGCUUCUCCCUAGGCCGGCCGGGUCCUGCGGUCCGGGCCGCGCGCCGCGAUGCCGAGCCCCCGGAGGAACACCGAGGGACGCCCGCUGGGCCCCUGCGCCCCGAGCAGCAGCGGCAGCCCGGCCCACGGUGGCGGCGGCAGGUUCGAGUUCCAGUCCCUGCUCAACAGCCGCGCUCCGGGCGCCGACCCCACCUGCGCCCGGCUCCGCGCGUCCGAGAGCCCCGUGCACCGCCGCGGCUCGUUCCCCGUGGCCGGGGCGGGCCCCUCGCAGGCGCUCCCGUCCCCGCUGCCCGAGGAGGACCGCAUGGACCUGAACCCGUCUUUCCUGGGCAUCGCCCUGCGCUCUCUGCUGGCCAUCGACCUGUGGCUGUCCAAGAAGCUGGGGGUGUGCGCGGGGGAGAGCUCGUCCUGGGGCAGCGUGCGGCCCCUCAUGAAAUUGCUGGAGAUCUCGGGACACGGCAUCCCCUGGCUGCUGGGCACCCUCUACUGCCUGUCAAGGAGCGACAGCUGGGCCGGGCGAGAGGUGCUGAUGAACCUGCUCUUCGCCCUGCUGCUGGACCUCCUGCUGGUGGCCCUGAUCAAGGGGCUGGUCCGCAGGCGCCGCCCGGCCCACAACCAGAUGGACAUGUUUUUCACCCUUUCGGUGGACAAGUACUCCUUCCCCUCGGGCCAUGCCACCAGGGCGGCCCUGGUGUUACGGUUCAUCUUGAACCACCUGGUGCUGGCCAUUCCACUGAGGGUGCUGGUGGUAUUGUGGGCCUUCAUCUUGGGCCUCUCCAGGGUCAUGCUGGGGCGGCACAAUGUCACCGACGUGGCUUUUGGCUUUUUUCUGGGCUACAUGCAGUACAGCAUCGUGGACUAUUGCUGGCUUUCACCGCACAACGCUCCGAUCCUCUUUGUACUGUGGAACCAACAAUGACACCAUCUCAUUCAUUAUAGCACCAGGAGAUCUGAAGGUUUCCACACGUGAUGAUGCUGACAUAAACCAGCAGCCAUCCUGCUUGCUCCUCUAAGGACAUUUCAGGCUUCCUUUGGGGAUUUCAGGUGUCCUACCAUUUUGAUGGGUUGCUAGGCUAGAGCGCAGUGCUGGCCAUUACUGAUCACAGCCAUAUUAUAGAAAGCAAAAAAAAAUCCUUCAUUAUAUACCCAUUCAACAACUUUUUGUAUCUCCAGGACAACUGCAAAGAAACCACGUUGAGAGAACAAGCCAAGAACUUACCUGAAGAAGAAACACUUAAAGGUGAGCAUAUCGACAGUGCCCACAGAAAAGGAAAGAUGGGACUAUGGCCUCAUGCUUAAUUCUUUGGACAGCAAAUAGCAUGACAUGACAGAGGACAGAAAAGCAAAGUUGCUGAGGAGGUCAGAGGAACUGAGGUCUGGGGGUAGGCUCACCACACACUUUGUCAGUGGACCAACAUGGAAGGAGAUUGGCCCUGCUGCCUACUGUCUCUACUGAAUAAAGAAUAAUGCUUCUUUAAUGAGGUAAUAAAAUGGAAAAAUAACUUGAUUCUUUGCAAGGGCAUAAGCUUUCAAAUAUAUACUACAAGGAUGACCCUGUAUAUUAUAGUUUUUCAUAUGGAGUUCCAUUUCCCUGUAUACAGCACACUUUAGGUAAUAGUAUUUAACUUGAAAUUCAUCAAGGGGAGCCUACUGCUCUACCAGGCACAAAGUACAACUCCUAAAUUUCCAUUUAUAUUGACCCUCACAAUUAAAGCAAUUUAUUCAUGGUGCCUCCCCAUAUCACAAGACCGAAGACCACCAAAUGCAGGCUGGACUCUGCUCAUUAUUCUUUGACCAGGAAAGACAGAAGAGGGUGUGUGCUCUUCCUGAAAAUAUGAACCUUUAAAUUACCUAUGAAACUGGUGUCUUUAGAUAAUCUUAAUAACCAAUUAUUUUGACAUUUAUAAAUAGAAAGGAUUAUGGCAUUUGAUCUGUCAUAUACAGGCGCACAUAGGAGCCUGGAGAAUGGCUGUGACAGGUAGGCUCUGAUUGGGUGGAAGUGUCAACUUUCUGAGUGUGAGAGCCACACUGAAAAAGGAAUAGCUACUCUUCAAAAUUAUUUGCAUUCCCACAACACCCUGAACACAGACUACCUCUUUACUUCCUGAAUCAGCCAAAUGGUGACACUCUAAGUGGUUUCCUUAAUUGUUUAGCUUUAGAGAGAUCCUUUAUUUUAAUUGCAGCAAUAUUCAGGCCAGAUAUUUGGAAGCAGUAUUUCCUCUUGCAGAAUCUACAAGUCUGAAUACUGGGAAGUCAAAAUUGGGCUCACCUAAUUCCUGGUUAUUUUUCUGGAAUUCCCUACCUUGGUUGAUGGGGCCUGCGUUUGUUGGCUUUUAAAGCACAGAUCAAUUCCCCUGAAUUUUUUUGGAGCAUCCUAAGUACUGCAGAGGUUAAAAAAAAAAAAAAAAAAAAAAAACUGAUUCCACUGUUAAUUGUACACUGAAG